CAUCGCUAGGAUGAGCACUGAUUUGAAAUUGUGCGUUACCGCUCCGUGGUUACCCUAAUCUCGAACAUUUGUUGCUACAACUUGUUAUGAACUGCUUACACUAGUUAAUAUUUUCACUUGCUUUCCUUCCAAGCUUUCCUUACACACUUCUACAAACGCUGUCUCAGGACCCAAACUUCCUUCAGAUCAGGCAAAAAAAAUCUACAGCCUUUCGAAACAUAUGAGCAGGAAUACGCUUAGUUGUCUGUCUUGUUAUAAACGCCGCCGUAAAUGUACAAAAAGUAGUGGCUCAGACUAUGCUAACUGUGUAAACAAGCAAACCCUAAACGAUACUAGACAGGCUGACCAAGAUGGAAGUGCUAAGGAGACUUUGUCUCUAUCAACUAUUAGUCACACUCCGGGUGCUGGGGACGGGGGUUCAGCUAGUUUAGGCGACUGGUCUACGGUUCACCAACUUGAUGGAAUUGAUGCUUCAAAAGUGAAUUUAUUAUGUGAGGGCAGCAGCAACAACACGUCAUCCGUAUUAGUCGUUCUCAACAGAGUAGAGUUCUGUGAUCGUUUAGAAAGCAUAGUUCUUCGGCUUGAAAGGAUAGCACAAACAAUAACACCAGGUAAGUCCUAAGCCGAUUUGUUCAUUACACAGAAAAAACUCCUGGACUGGUUGCUUUUGAACUGAUUAUUGCUAAUAGCCUUAAAAAUUAUAUCGCAUGUAGUAAAAAGUUGGGAGGAAACAUACAAUCUCAGUCAUUAUGUGUCCAAAACGCUUUCGGCUUCGUCAGGGAUCUCAUUGAACUAUCCAACAUUUAUAGCAAACCAACUGAAGUGGAUAUGGAUGUCCACUUAAAGCCUCUUCAUUUUAAGAUGAUUGAGAUAGCAGUACGUUAAUUCUCCGUAAUAACUUAAAUGAAGUCAAGAACUUCAGGGUUGGAGCUAUGUCCGUACGGAAGUGUCAGCUAUCAACCAUUGCAGAUUCUGUCCUUAUACUGAAUUGGGUUGGGUCUGUAAGUCUACAGAUUCGUAAUGUAACAAAUCUUAGUCUUCAGCAUCGCAGUACGUUAAAGAAUUGAAGGACUCAACAUGGUUGAGCGCUAACAAAGUCUUUCAGUAUUGCCGUGAGAGGUAAGUUAUCUUCUGGCAUAAAAGCGCGAAUACUAUUAUUAACCAGAUGCGGCAAUGUUCGCUCUGUGGAUUCCUUACCGUUUGCUCCUAAAUGUCUAAGGAUUACUUGAUGUAACUAAGUGAUUGACUCGAAAUGGGUUAUUGGGUAUCACGCCUGUAAAGCCUUGGACUAGAGAAUACAUGCUUACUCUGUUAUCGAAGCACACUUUCGCAUCUGAACUUAGUAAGCAGCUCGUCUUUGGUGGAAAUCCGACUCUAUCUAAACGUUCUCGAGUCACUGUCCGGUUUAUUAUUAUUUGGACACAUGAAUAUUGGUACAAGAGAGCGCCAAUAUAUAUGCGCCACACAAAACAAUGAAAAUUCGAGAGGAAUACAAAGAAUGAAAAAAAAAGCUAAGGAGCGCAACAAAAAAGGAGAGAACAAUAACGAAGAGAUUGGUGUAAGGUAAUGUGCUAGUAAUCAGGGAACGCAAAGGUACAAUCGGAAGAAAUCUUUCAGGUAAGGGAGACACAACCACUUUUUAUGAAGAAAGUAAAAGAAGGUUACAGCAGGAUCGCCACUGGCUUCUAUUCUGAGCCAUAUCUGAUAACGUCUCUAGCCUCUGUGUAGCACCAUCUCUCAGACCCCAACCAGGGAGUCGUGAAGGACCAACACAAGUUAGUCCUUUGCAGCUUUCUUUCAUACCACCACACCAUGUCAUGCACUGACCACCUCUCCGCUUUUUCCAACCAAUCCCAGAGUCGGCAAAUAAUGCACGACGUGGAAUCCUCUGGGACGACAUUCGGAGAACAUGUCCAAGCCACCGAAGUCAGUGUUUCAAGAUGGUGACACCAAUUGCAUUAUCAUCUCUGUGCCCGAACACACGAUGCCGAACCUCUGCAUUACUGACAUGGUGUUGCCACUGAAUGUCAGCAAUCCUUCGGAGACAGCGGUUAGGCUGUCCACUUUCUCCAAGUCUGUCCACUUUCUCCAUUUUUGUUUAACUUCAUCAUAGACCUAUUGAUAGAAAUAACAUUCUCGUCUACUGAAUUCUCGGGUAUUGAUCUCCUUCCAGGAGGUCCACUUAUGGAUUUAGAAUAUGCAGAUGACAUAGUCCUGUUUGGUGAAGACGCUGACAAAAUGCAGAGUCUUCUGGUAGCACUAAGCAACAAUGCCAGGAUGUUUGGAAUGCGCUUCUCUCCCUCUAAAUGCAAGCUGCUGCUUCAGGACUGGUCUGCGUCAACACCUGAACUAAGGAUAGGGAGUGAAGUAGUCGACAGCUUCACUUAUCUUGGAAGUCUGAUCAGCCCUAAUGGGUUGGUAUCGGACGAAAUCUCAGCACGGAUUCGAAAAGCUCGCUUGGCUUUUGCCAACUUACGUCACCUAUGGCGAAGGCGAGAUAUCCGUCUAUCAAUAAAAGGACGAGUAUACUGCACGGCAGUCCGUUCUGUUUUACUUUACGGCAACGAAACAUGACCAUUAAGAGUGGAUAUUCGUAAGCUACUAGUAUUUGAGCACAGAUGCCUUAGAAAUAUUGUUCGCAUCUGCUGGGAUCACCGGGUAAUAAUAGUGAGGUUAGACGCAGGGUAUUAGGUAAUGAUGGUAAAUCAGUUAAUGAGGUUGUUAAUCUUCAUCGACUGAGAUGGUUGGGCCACGUGUUACGUAUGCCUGAACACCGACUAUCACGACGUGCAAUGCUAUCCGGUAUUGGAGAUGGUUGGAAGAAAGUUAGGGGCGGCCAAACCAAAACGUGGCAUCAGUGCUUGAAGACACUAACUUCUUGUCUGAGCCAUGUUGGUAGAUGCAGACUACUUGGUUGGGGUCCGCGUGACUAUCGUAACCAAUGGUUGGAGACUCUUGGUGACAUGGCUCAGAAUCGAUCACAAUGGCGUCGGUGUAUACACUCCCUGUCUUCCCUUAAACUAAGAGAUUAAAAUCACUUCAUAUCUUUCUUUCUACGAACCAAUUCUUUCUUCUUGUACUAUAUCUCUAUAUGCAAUCUUUCUCUUAUAUAUUACCACCUUUGACCUAACCACUGCUAUGAAUCCGGUGUUCAUCCUGUUGUGCUGACGCGGUAUGGCAACCUGAACCGAUACACAUAUGUGCCUGGUCCUACGUUGUAGCUGACUGACUGACUGACACUGUCCGGUUGAAAGUUGUAUGUUACCACCGAAUAUGAGUACUGAAGCAGUUUUUCUGAAACCAACAUCGGUCAGACUGUCCUGCCCUCCAUGGACGGUGACGACUGAUCCACCAAAUGAGGCGGAAGUCCGCAAGGAACUCCAACUCUUGAAGCGCUACAAAUCACCUGGCCCAAAUGACUUACCUCCAACCCUUUUUAAAGAUGGUGGUGACUUUCUGACUAAGGAAUUGACGACGUUGUUUACAAAGGUUUGGGAACUAGAGAGUGUACCAACGUCAUGGAAUGAGUCGAUAGUUGUCCUUAUCUUUAAAAAGGGUUCACGUCGUUCCUGUAACAACUAUCGGGGGAUAAGUCUACUUCCGAUUGCGUCCAAGCUAUUGGCUUCCGUCAUACUUCGUAGGUUGUUCAAAACCCGAGAAAGAUUGACUCGCGAGGAGCAGGCUGGGUUUCGUUCUGGUUGAGGAUGUAUUGAUCAUAUCUUCGCCCUCCGCCAAAUGUUAGAACACCGCCAUACUUAUCAAAGGCCAACAAUCGUAGUGUUUCUUGACAUCAGGGCUGCCUUCGAUUCGUUGGAUAGGACUGUUCUCUGGGAUUGUCUAUUGAAGAAGGGUGUGCCUGAAAAGUUUAUUAACAUCCUAAAAGCCCUAUAUACAAACACCUCAGGCAGAGUGAGGGCAUACAACCACCUUUCUCCAUUGUUCUAUUCGAGCAGUGGGGUUAGGCAGGGUUGCCCAAUCUCGCCAUUCCCCUUCAACUUUGCCAUCGACGACAUUCUGGAAACAGCUCUGAUGGAUGUAAGUAAUGGCGGUGUCGAUCUACUGCCUGGAGAAAGACUUCUCGACCUUGAGUAUGCGGACGAUAUUAUCCAAGCCAUGCAAUCCGCACUUAAUCAGUUGGCAAUCAGUGUCCGUAGGUAUGGUAUGUGCUUUGCACCUUCGAAGUGCAAAGUACUUCCACAAGACUGUCAGGAUUCUAAUCCUGUACUCACUCUGGAUGGUGAGCAGAUAGAAGUAGUCGAGAAGUUCGUGUAUCUGUGUAGCUUCAUACGUGCUGGUGAUGGCAUGAGUGAUGAGGUCAAUUCAGGUAUAAUGAAAGCCAGAGCGGCUUAUGCUAAUCUGGGCCAUCUUUGGCGCCUUCUUGAUGUCAGACUGGCAGUAAAAGGUCGGAUCUACAACGCAUCGGUGUGAGCAGCUCUGCUCUAUGCUUGUGAAACCUGGCCUCUCCGAGUUGUGGACGUUAGACGACUCUCUGUGUUCGAUCGUUGUUGUCUCCGAAGGAUUGCUGACAUCCAGUGGCAACACCAUGUUAGUAAUGCAGAGGUUCGGCAUCGUGUGUUCGGGCACAGAGAUGAUAAUGCAAUUGGUGUCACCAUCUUGAAACACUGACUUCGGUGGCUUGGACAUGUUCUCCGAAUGUCGUCCCAGAGGAUUCCACGUCGUGCAUUAUUUGCCGACUCUGGGACUGGUUGGAAAAAGCGGAGAGGUGGUCAGUGUAUGAUAUAGUAUUGUGAUUUAAAAGAAAUCAGUACAGGACUGGCUUCUGUUGGUCCUUCACGACUCCCUAGCUGGGGUCCUAGAGAUAGUGCGAUACAGUGGCUGGAGACGUCAGAUAUGGCUCAGAAUAGAUGUCAGUGCCGAUCCUGCUGUAACCUUCUUUUACUUUCUUCAUAAAAAGUGGUUGUAUCUUCCUUAACUGAAAGAUUUCUUCUGGUUGUACCUUUCCGUUCCCUCAUUAUUACUACACUACCUUACACCAAUCUCUUCGUUAUUGUUCUCUUUUUUUACGCUCCUUACCUUUUUUUUCUCUUCGAAUUCUCAUUGUUUUGUGUGGCGCAUUUAAAUUGGCGCUCUCUUGUACCAAUAUUUAUGUGUUCAAAUAAAUACCAUAAUCUGUUCGGCUUUAUUUAGGAAUGUUUGUCUACUAUUGCUUUUCCUUCCAGUCAGUCAAGUCUAUCGGAAAGAUGUGUUGUGUACGAUACCAAGUCUAGGAUAUUUUCCUUUUAUCACUUUUUGCAAAUGAGAAAGUAAUUUUUUUCUCACUUUACAUGUCCUUUUUACUGUGAUUUUUGUAUAUAGCCUUCCUGAACAUGUUGAGUGGUUACGCUCAUGGCUUUCUUGUCUGGAUGAAUUGUGCGUAGUUGUUGGAGAGCAUUUUCCAUACGGUCUAAAAUGGAAUAAAAAUGGUCCCAAACUACCCUUACCAACUGUUGAAAUACGCCCAAUUCAGUCUUUGCAAGAGGGUCGUACCAAUACACAUGAAAGAACUUCAAAAAAGGUAACAAAGUGUUUUUAUGUUGCACAGACUAUCAGUUUUGCUACUUGACAUCUCCAAUUUUUAUUACUGUGUAGAUAUUUCAACGAUCAACUGCGUUGUUAUCCUGGCAUAAAAAAUGAUAAUAAGAAUUACAACACUAAUCAAUCUUACUUGGGACAAAAAUACAUACAUUGCCGUAUAACGUAUCUAUUUGUUGAACUGUUUAAACGGAAGCCUUUUAGAUUUGUUUAUUAAAUGAUAAGAUCUGUGUAGUUGAUUUAGCUUCAUGAUUCAGAUGAAUACUUCAAAAAUUAACUGCCAUGAAUAGCUUCGUCUAACCUCAUAGAAAAAAGUAUUGACUAGUAGGCUUGUUUAAGACUAACUAAAAGGAGUAAAACAGCCUAUUAAAGCAUCAACUCCAGCCGUUUCCUCGAAUUUGCAUAUUUUCUUAUCCUUAAAUAUUAAGGUUAGUUUUCGCUUCAAAUUUAUAUAUGAUGAGUAGUUUUGUUCAGAUUGACAUGUUUUAAUAAUCUGUACUAAAUCGGACAGAGUGCUUAUGUUCAUAUGACAAUUAGAUUUUGCAUUUAGGUGCGAAAUGAGGUAAAAGACACUUUAGUGAUAUUUGACAGCACAUAAAAUGAUAUCUUUUCAUAUAAAUUCUAAUAUAUUUAGAAAUGUAUUAUUCAUUUUAUAGUGUUUGUAAUCUUACGUUCCAGAUAUUAAAAUAGAUCUUUGAAAAGGAUAUAAGUGGUCAAUUGUUUUGUGUGACGAAAGGAUUAAUAUUACCGAGAUUUCUAGUCUAACAAUUUUGUGAGAAUUCAUUAAGGCCCAGCAAAUUUAUUAUACCUCGAAGUUAGAUGUCAUGAUCUGUUAAAAACAUUGGUCGACGGGUUUUCAAAAACGUUUUGCUACCAACAUUCUGAGUUAAGUAGUUAAAAUGGUAUGGACAUUUUAAUUGUAAGAUGCUAACGCAUCACAAAGAACUAAUUAGAAAGGUAAAACGAAACAUUAAAAGAGUGAUUUUUGAAUCGUAGGAACUUCAUUUCAAACGAAAACCUAAUGUGUUUAUACCAGUGUAAUAUAUACAAAUAAAAUGAAAUGACAAUUACUGAAAUUAAUAUAAAUAAAUAAUAUAUUUGUAAUAUCCCAAUGAGUAGAAAAAUUAGAUCUUCUGACGUUUCGUGACUUCGUGUAAGCCACUUCUUCAGAGAACAGAUAAAUGACCAAAUAAAAAUUAAUUCAAGUUUACAUAGUAUUAAAUAGAUAUCCCGAUAUAUAUACUUUUUGAAGGCUCCUCAACCACAAUAAGUCCUACAAAUAGGGGGCCAAAGAGAUUGUGAAUCCGCUCGUAAUCGGUAACAAAUCAAAAUUAAUCCAGGUUUAAAUAGUACAACGGAACAACAAGAGUAUUAUUUAUUUAAAACAAUCUACCCAAUGUUCAAUUUAUUCGAAAUUAUCAAGUCAAACAUUGGUAAUAAUACCUACAAACUAUAUCAUAGUUUGCUGCAGAAGUGUAUGGAGAUCAAUUUAGUUUAUAGAUAGCCUUUGUCACAGACUAGUAAACUUCAACCAUGCCAGAAAUGAGAUAGUUGCCUGCCAAUGACAUGGGACGAUUGUCUCAUCAUAUGGACAAUUCAUUAAAAUCAACGUAUUUUGACUCAGUAUUGGUCCAAUUAUAACGUGCUCAUCGUGAGGUAUGAAGAUCUUAGUUUCAAGACUUGACUAGAUCAUAGAUACACAAUGUCCCAUGAUUUUGAGUGGUCAUUUAAUUGGUGAAAGUUCGUGCUGAAAACCAUCUACAAUUACCUGGACAACAAUUUAUCAAGAAAUAUGAAGUUCAAGUCAAUUAUAUAAAGUAAACUUGAAGUCAGAUGCUGUCAAUAGAGAUGAAAGUGCAAACACCAAGCAAAAUAUAUGUUCAAUCAAAGAGAACAACACACGAAUCGAUACUCUUCUCGCCAUCAUUCACACUUUAAGUAUGUAAGAAAUGUGAUUACUAUAAAGUAUAUAUAUAGGGAUAUCCACUUAAUAUUUGAUAACUUUCCACCAAAUUCUAAUCGAAGUUAACAUAAACAAUCAUGUAAUUUUUUUACCGAAUAAAAUUUCCUAAAGAUUAUAUCUUCCCAGUUAGCAUUCAUUUCGCGAAUCGUUUGUAGACCGAAAGUGUUAUCAGUAUAGUGUUCUGAUCUUGUUCAGUUAAAUAACCAUGACGGAAGUUUCAUGACUCACCAGUCAGUCAACUGUUUAUCUUGUCAAAUACUUCACUAUUCAUAAUUUUUAGUGAAUGGUUACUAUUCUCAAUCUUUACAAAAUUGAGAUUAAAGUAAACAUGUUACCGAUUACGAGCGGAUUCACAAUCUCUUUGGCCCCUAUUUGUAGGACUUAUUGUGGUUGAGGAGCCUUCAAAAAGUAUAUAUAUCGGGAUAUCUAUUUAAUACUAUUUAAACUUGAAUUAAUUUUUAUUUGGUCAUUUAUUUGUUCUUUGAAGAAGUGGCUUACACGAAGUCACGAAACGUCAGAAGAUCUAAUUUUUCUAUUCAUCCGGAUAUUUCAAAUAUAUUAUUUAUAACAAUCUACCCAAUGCUCAAUUGAUUCGAAAGUAUCAAAUCAGACUUUGGUAAUGAUGCCUACAAACUGAAAUUACUGUUCUUGCUCCAAAUAGAAUUCAAACAACUCAUUUCCAUUUGAUAAAAUUCAUCUUGAUUUUUAUUUUUUUCGUAUGUUACGUCAUUUCACUCUCCUUUACUCCCACUUUAUGUAUCCUUAUUUUCCGACUAACGCAGCAGUUCGCCUAUAGCGGAAACCCUGUUCUCUCUAUACGAUCUCGAGUCACUAACUGGUCAAAAGUUUGACGCUACCACCGAAUACGAAUACUGAAACAGCCUUUCUGAAGCCACGUAUACCAUUCAAAAUGACUUCCUUUCACGUUCGCACACUAAUGCAGAUCGGACAAUAGAUAGGGUUGGCUGUGUGUUUAGAAAGUCUUAAUAUCAAUGUCUGUUGUCUAUCCAAGACCUGUAUUCAAGACCAGUGAUGUACUACAAAUUUGCUUUCCAUCUGUCGCUUCGUAAAGCUUGUUUUAAGUGAGUUUAUCCGGGGCCCCUGUGGCAUCUUCGUCUGGUUUUUCUGACAUUAUCGCACAAAGCGCUAGAGCUGAGGCAGUACUGAUCAACUGCGUCACCAUUAACAGUUGGUUAUACGCUGUUAGAUUAGAAAGUCCCAUUCAAGUGAGAGGAAAUCGGUGUGAGAAGCGAUGUCUUUUCGUUCUCUCCGCAUAUGCUCCGACAGAUUUUUUGCUCGGAUUCGAUUAAGGAUAAAUUUUACCACCAUUUAACUAUUCUACAGAAAAUGCAUUCGGCAGGUAUUGUAGUUCUAGCUGGAGAGUUGAAUGCUCAGGUCGGACGUCUAGGCACAGACGAGAGUCAUUUAUGUAGCCGAUAGGAACUUGGUCGCAGGUCAGAUAACGGGGACCGUCUACUGCAGCUGUGCGCAGACCACAAUCUGUUUCUCGCUAGUACUAACCACCGGUAAAAUCAUCGCCAAUGUGCAACCUGACGCCCUCCCUCUGCAUCCCAAGCCUGGACUCAGAUUACUUACAUCACGAUCAGCUACCACUGGCGUGGUUGUGUAUAAGACUGCCACUCCUUUUGGAGUACCUAUCUAGACUCUGAUCAUGCUCUUGUUUGCUCUAAUAUUACCUUACUUUUCGAUGGCCAGCAGAUUCAUCGACCUAAACGGAUCGAUGUCAGUAACUUGAUUGCAGCUUCUGUUGCAACUAAAUACCAAAUCGACCUAGGUUCAAGGCUAGCUAACAUCCUAUCGAAAAGUAUAGAUGAGCAUUGAUUGCAAUUGCAUGACUCCAUCAAAAUGGCGAGUAAAGUCGCUUACGGCUUCGCGGAACGUCCCGCUUAUGAGCACCAGGUUUCUUCAACUCAUUGAAGCCCGUCGGUGUACUCCGGGUGACCGUGAGUUUGACCACAAACGAAAAGUGUUACGUAAUGGAAUCGGGCAAAGCUUGUAUAAGGACCAAGAAGCCUGGUGGUCGGAGCGUGC